AUGGCAUCAGCAGCAGCCGAUGUCUCCGUCAAGAGCAUCUCUCCGUACGGAGUUGCACGCGCCACGGUAGAGGGCAAGCCUCUCUCACCCGAGGAACUCCGCAAGUACGACGCCUACUUCCGCGCCAGCAUGUACCUCUGUCUGGGCAUGCUAUACCUCAAGGAGAACGCUCUUCUCAAGGAGCCACUCGAAGUCAAGCAUCUCAAGGCUCGACUGUUGGGCCACUGGGGAUCUGACGCCGGUCAAUCCUUCACCUGGAUGCACAUGAACCGCCUGAUCAAGAAGUACGACUUAGACUGCCUGUUCGUCUCGGGCCCGGGUCAUGGAGCUCCCGGCAUCAUCUCGCAGUCAUACAUGGAGGGUGUGUACUCGGAGGUUUACCCAGACAAGGCAGAGGACGAAGAGGGCAUGCGCAAAUUCUUCAAGCAGUUCUCCUUCCCCGGUGGGAUUGGUUCCCAUGCCACCCCAGAGACCCCAGGAAGCAUUCAUGAAGGCGGCGAACUUGGCUACUCCAUUUCUCACGCCUUCGGCACAGUCUUCGAUCACCCCAACCUCAUCACCGUCACCAUGGUCGGCGAUGGGGAGGCUGAGACCGGACCGCUUGCGACCAGUUGGCACAGCACCAAAUUCCUCAACCCCAUUACCGAUGGUGCUGUCCUCCCAGUACUACAUCUCAAUGGCUACAAGAUCAAUAACCCAACCAUCCUCGCGAGAAUCAGUCACGAGGAGUUGACCGCUCUAUUCAUUGGUUACGGGUGGACCCCGUACUUCGUGGAGGGUAGCGAUAUGGAGAGCAUGCACCAGGCCAUGGCGGCUACAGUCGAGAAGGCCGUUCUGCAGAUCCGCGCCUACCAAAAGCAAGCUCGUGACUCCGAACAGGCCUUCAGACCACGCUGGCCCAUGAUCGUUCUCAGAAGUCCCAAGGGGUGGAGCGCACCGCGAAAGAUCGACGAUAAGCUGCUCGAGGGCUUCUGGCGCUCGCAUCAGAUCCCCAUCGUUGAUGUUGCCACCAACCCCGCCCACCUGAAGCUGCUGGAGACGUGGAUGAAAUCAUACAAGCCCGAAGAGACCUUCGACAGCGCUGGGAAGCUGAUCCCGGAGCUGAAAGAGCUCGCACCUCUGGGCAAUGCACGAAUGAGCGCCAAUCCCGUGGGGAACGGCGGUGUCCUCCGAAAGCCUCUCGACAUGCCCAACUUCAAGGCAUACGCUCUGGAGAACAUCGAGCCCGGUAUCUCCAGCCUCCCCAGCAUGUCCAACAUGUCCAAGUUCCUCCGCGACGUCGUUGCCAAGAACAUGACCAACUUCCGCGUCUUCGGUCCCGACGAGACGGAAUCCAACAAGCUGGGCGAGAUCUACAAGGCAGGCAAGAAGGUCUGGAUGGGCGAGUACUUCGAGGAGGACAAGGACGGCGGAAACCUGGCCAUGCAAGGUCGGGUGAUGGAAAUGUUAAGCGAGCACACCUGCGAAGGCUGGUUGGAAGGAUAUAUCCUCUCCGGCCGACACGGUCUCCUCAAUAGCUACGAACCCUUCAUCCACAUCAUCGACUCCAUGGUCAACCAGCACUGCAAGUGGAUUGAGAAGUGCAACGAGGUUGAGUGGCGCGUCAAGGUCGCUUCGCUCAACAUCCUCCUCACCGCCACCGUCUGGAGACAAGACCACAACGGCUUCACCCACCAGGAUCCCGGCUUCCUCGACGUCGUCGCCAACAAGAGCCCCGAGGUCGUCCGCAUCUACCUGCCCCCCGAUGGGAACAGCCUCCUCUCGGUCACGGACCACUGCUUGCGCAGCAGCAGCUACGUCAACGUCAUCGUCGCCGACAAGCAGGACCACCUCCAGUUCCUCAACAUGGAGGACGCCGUCGAGCACUGCACCAAAGGUCUCGGCAUCUGGGACUGGGCCUCCAACGACCAAGGCGCCGAUCCGGACGUCGUCAUGGCAUCUUGCGGCGACGUGCCCACCCUCGAGAGCCUCGCCGCGAUCGCUCUCCUCCGCGAGUUCCUGCCCGGGCUCAAGAUCCGCUUCGUCAACGUGGUCGACCUCUUCAAGCUCAUCUCGGCGGUCGACCACCCGCACGGCCUGUCGGACGUCGAGUGGAAGUCCCUCUUCACCGACGACCGACCCGUCAUCUUCAACUUCCACUCCUACCCCUGGCUCAUCCACCGCCUAACCUACAAGCGGCCCGGCCAGCUCAACAUCCACGUGCGCGGCUACAAGGAGAAGGGCAACAUCGACACCCCGCUCGAGCUGGCGAUCCGGAAUCAGACCGAUCGCUACAGUCUGGCCAUCGACGCCAUCGACCGCAUCCCGACGCUGCACAAUAAGGGCGCCGCGGUCCGCGAGAAGCUGCUGCACCUUCAGAUUGCGGCCAAGACGGCCGCCUACGAGAACGGCAUCGACCCGGCCUACAUCACGGGCUGGAGAUGGCCGUAUCCCAGAGCCUAG